CCGGUCACUGCCUGACCACAAAACCAACAUGGUGCAUCGACGCCCUAACGGGCUCGGUGUUUCCUCAAGACCCGCGUGGCAGGCGGGUCAGGCAGUGGGCUCAUUCCCCAUUCCAUUCUCAUAACGAGAUUGGUAUAGAAAGAGUGAGUCCCGUUCAACAAAAAGAACGUUGAACGGACCACGAAGAUCAAAAUCGGCCCAACAUAAAAAAUUGGGUGCUGAUCAGAACGCCAAAAAGACGAACAAAUUCUUCAAAGAAGGCACUAUUUCCAAGCAAUCAAACUUGGAACUGAUCAAAAGACCGAUCGAUAAGCAAAAACUUAUCAACUGUUCGGCACCGAUCCCAAUUGAUGGAUCACAAAAAAUGACCGCGAGAACUGUUUGUUUUCAAUGAAGCGGAACCGAUCCCAAUACAAAAUUGGAAUCAAAAAACCGAUCGACGGGCAGAUAAAAAUCUACUCAACGUUCGUCAAGUCUUCAGAAGAUGAAGCACAUAAGCGAAGCAGCAUUUCAUAAACAAUGCUCUUCGAACACCAAUUACGUCAUGAAUGUCGUGUACAACCUCUAGGUCCAAAGGUCCCAGUGGUUGAUCAAUGCAACUCAGCACACAACAAAGUGUUAGUUGUCAAUCAACACGAUCCUUUAUGGAUCAAAUCACCAGAGACAGUAUCGAUCAUUAUCGAUGCAUGUCUACAAAGUUGUUAUCCAUAAAAAGAAUGAAACAACACUGUCAAAAACAAUCGACAGCAAGAAGCACAAAGCUUCAAUACUUGGCAGAGAAUCAGAACGAUCAACCGCGUUUGCUUGCCGGGAGCCUCUCCCAUGGAGACUCAACAACUGGCCCAAUCAAGUACAAGGAUGGUCAUCAAAAGAGAACUACAGUGGUCUGGGAUGGUCAAGGAACAAUUCGUGACGAAACAAAGUCGAACAUAAUUAAAUUAACCUAUCUUUACCUAUUCCCAUCUUGUGGAGCCGGGAGUGUACGAGAACUCGUACCUUUCUCUUCAUACCAUUCCUUUAUUGUGACUCAUAGCACUUUUAAUAUCACAAUGAUUGCCUUGCAAUCUAAGUGCAUUCUUCCCCCUUGUCUCCCGUUGUAACAUUCUUUAUAUUUCUCCGCCCCUCAUAUUCUGUAUUUAUACCAGCUCGUAUGAGCUGUUCUUAUCUUCAAUAAACCGGUCACUGCCUGACCACAAAAACCAACAUCCCGAUUAUUGUUUUUUCAUUCCAGAAACCCUUUGACGAAGACAUAAAACCUUAAUGAUAACCAAUAAAUUUC